AAAACUGAAUGUGCGAAAGAAAUGGACUGAGUGUCCAUGUUUGAUAAAGCUUAACCACAAGAUUUAAUUUUUAGUACUAAUAAAUCUUUUGAAGCUAAGUAAAAUCUUUCAAAUGGAGACAAAUGUCGUGUUCCAGCUUUUACUUUUAAUCACUUCCUCUUUAUAAAAAGCGAAAGAGCAAGCAUAAUCAGUUUAGAACCAGAACCUUCUUUAUUCUUUUCCAGUGUCUGUACCAAAACUAGCACAGUGAAUCCUCUCUGCCUCUCAUUCUUCUCAAUCAAAAAUAUCCAACGACAGAAAAUAUUACAUCCUAUACCAACAACUAUAUCCUUUCUUUAUAUAGCAAUAACUCUUAAAAUGAGUUCUUGAUUCUAUUAUAUAAGCAAAACCCAAUUUCUUGAAGCUGAAAACCCAUUAGCCAAAAGGCCUCCACAGAACAGCCAUGAGAGAGUUCAGAAGAAGACCACCUUCAUUUUCUUGCAUUUUCUUGCUGUUUCUCACUCUUUCAUCUGUUUCUACAGCCCAACAACAAAAUCCCAUCAAGACUAUUGUGGUUUUGGUGAUGGAAAACAGAUCCUUUGAUCACAUGAUUGGGUGGAUGAAGAAAACAGUGAAUCCAGCAAUCAACGGAGUGACUGGAACAGAAUGCAAUCCUGUAUCAACCAAGAAUCCAACACGACAAUCUAUUUGUUUCACAAACGAUGCAGAGUUUGUGGAUCCAGAUCCUGGUCACUCAUUUGAAGCUGUUGAGCAACAGGUAUUUGGCAAUGGCUCAAUUCCUUCAAUGAGUGGCUUUGUUGAGCAAGCUCUCACUAUGUCACCAAAUUUAUCUGAAACUGUUAUGAAAGGUUUUAGGCCGGAAUCUGUGCCUGUUUAUGCUGCUUUGGUUAAAGAAUUUGCAGUCUUUGAUAGAUGGUUCUCUUCAAUCCCUGGUCCAACACAGCCCAACAGGCUAUUUGUAUAUUCUGCUACUUCCCAUGGCUCAACUAGCCAUGUUAAGAAGCAAUUAGCUCAAGGAUAUCCUCAAAAAACAAUAUUUGAUUCACUUCAUGAGAAUGGUAAAAACUUUGGGAUUUACUUCCAAAAUAUACCCACAACUUUAUUUUAUAGGAAUAUGAGGAAACUGAAGUAUAUCUUUAAGUUUCACCAAUUUGAUUUGAAGUUCAAGAAAGAUGCUAGAAAUGGAAAAUUACCUAGCUUAACUGUUAUUGAGCCAAGGUAUUUUGAUCUCAAGGGAUUGCCUGCAAAUGAUGACCAUCCUUCUCAUGAUGUCGCGAAUGGCCAAAAGCUCGUGAAGGAGGUAUACGAGGCACUAAGGGGUAGUCCUCAGUGGAAUGAGACACUUUUGGUCAUUACUUACGAUGAGCAUGGGGGGUUCUAUGAUCAUGUCAAGACCCCUUUUGCCGAUGUUCCUAAUCCAGAUGGAAAUACUGGCCCUGCCCCUUAUUUCUUCAAGUUCGAUCGCCUCGGUGUUCGUGUGCCGACAAUUAUGGUCUCCCCUUGGAUCAAGAAAGGCACUGUGGUAAGUGGCCCAAAGGGACCUGCUCCAAACUCAGAGUUCGAGCAUUCUUCAAUCCCUGCCACCAUAAAGAAAAUGUUCAAUCUCCCUUCUAACUUUUUGACCCAUAGGGAUGCAUGGGCCGGCACGUUUGAAGGGGUUGUUGGGGAGUUAACCUCUCCAAGAACUGACUGCCCAGAGACCUUGCCGGAUGUGGCACCUUUGAGAAGCACAGAAGCAAAGGAAGAUAGUAGCCUGUCUGAGUUUCAGAGCGAGGUAGUUCAAUUAGCAGCGGUUCUUAAUGGCGACCACUUCUUGAGCAGCUUCCCGGAUGGGAUGAGCAAGAAGAUGAAUGUGCGAGAAGCACACCAAUACGUUAAGGGUGCUGUUUCAAGGUUCAUAAGAGCUAGCAAGGAGGCCAUUACUUUAGGAGCAGAUGAAUCCGCCAUUGUAGAUAUGAGGUCGUCGCUGACUACAAGAUCUUCAGUUCAUAAUUAGUAUGCUGAAGAUCACACGCACCCUUUUAAAUGCAGAUGGGACCUUUGUUCUCUUCGGCUGCUCAUUUUCUGUUGUAUGGUGGGUAGUGUACAAAGACAGCAAAUGAUGGUCCUAAUUUUUCUGCACAAUAUAUGUGAUGCCUUUUCAAUA